GAUUGAUCCUGAUCGUCGAUCCUGGCUUUGGAGCAGUGAUGGCACGAUUCGUGGCAUACCUUGUGCUGGUGGUUGUGUUGCUGAUUGAGCGUACCUUGGCCGGUGCAAUACCGAACAAUGUCCCGAACGGAGAUUCACCCUGCCCGAACAUCUUCCGGUACGAGAAGGAUAACGUGAAGCAGCAGAUCUACGGUGUCGUGGAUACGCGCGAUCAGCCAGUCCACAAUACCGCUACUUUGGAGCUACAUUUUUCGAUUCAUGCCGAGCUUCACACGAAAUACCUCGGCUCGAUCGAAGUCAUGGAGGAUAAAGCCAAAAUUUCGGACCAAUUCCGCAACCAACGUGGCGUGACGUACCGCGUCAACUUCCCUAUCCAGGAUCCGUUGCCGAAGCUGAAGAAAAUCACCCUCAACGGACAGGUGCUGUGCAGCGGGCCGGGAGAUGCUGGUUCCAUCGUCACCUCCGUGACACUGUCGCACUUCAUUCGGGCGGACCAAUGCCAGGGUAGUUGUGACCACACCCGGAUACUGCCGGCGAGUCCGAGCUACGAUCUGAAACCUCCGGCACGGGUCAACCCAACCGUCGCACCGGUGGUGGCUCUUCCGAAGCCCAAAGAACCCACAGUUUCGACCUCCAUAAUUCAGAGCGAGUCGCCCGCAAUCCAGCACGAAUACCAGCGUACGAUCGAGCGCACGGAGGAAACGAGCAACCCGCAGGACAACAGCACGUCGGUGAAAUACAUCCGGGAGGAGAUCACCUACCGUAAGCAGAUUAUUUCACCCGGCGGUGCAACAUCUCUGCCCUUGGGUGAGCUGGAAGUGCCAUCGUUCGUGCGAGAUAAACUGACGUAACGCUUCGCUGGAACAUGCCGAUAUGCAGCGUGCUUAGGCCGUAGGACAUCUCCAUUAAGAAACGUUACAAAAAAAAAACACACACACAAAAUCAGCCUCCCGGACAGCUGCGAGAGAAGUUUCUACCAC